ACAUGUAAAUAAACGGAACCACAAUCUCACUAGCGCUCUAUUCUCAAAUUACAUCGGUGUACGACACGUAAUAUAACUUUAUCACAAAUCUUAUCAGUGCGAACAGCUGUAUCUCACUACAGGUACGCACACAAAUCCAGCGUGCAGUAUACAUGUGAAUUCCGCUCGUAAUAAUAUUGAUUUUUGCGCAAAUGGGUGCCACCAAGAAAUAUUUUAAGCGACAGUUCAAAACUCAAAUGUUCAAGUUAGAGUAUGAUGAUGCGUCUGAUUUCUACCUGGGAUGUUUUCAAAAGAACCGAUCAUGUGUGCCGCUGUUGCUUUUGAGGGCUCUUUUAUUUUUUGGUUCUGUUGCUAUCGUGAUAGCAUCUAUAGUGCUAACUGUAGAGGCUGGGAAAGGCGCCCAUUGGCCCAUAUAUUUGACACACUGGGGACUAGUCAUGAUGAUGAUCUCUACUGGCUUUGGAUUCGCAAUCUCUGUAGUUACAUAUAUCAAAGGACCUAUUGAUGGAACUUUCGGGUUGCCCUGGUAUGUGAAAGCAUACUGGGUGCUAUACAAUAUUGCGCUACCAUUGGCCCUGUUUAUUACAAUCUUCUACUGGGUAUUUUUGGCCGGGCUAGCAGACAGUGAAGAAGCAGCGGAGUUAGAGCUUGCGGUGAACGAGGUGCUUGAUAUUUUCAUCCACGCCAUAAACAGCGUGGUUAUGGUAUUAUUGCUACUGAUUGCAAGACAGCCUGUGUUCAUACUGCACUUCUACCAAGUCUUCGGCUUUGCACUGGUGUACAUGUUCUUCAGCCUUAUCUACCACUUUGCUGGUGGAGUUGACCAAUUUGGUCUACCAUACAUCUACCCCGUGCUCGACUGGAACCAGCCCGGCAUAGCCGUCCUUGCGGUGCUGUUCUCUGCUAUCCUGAUCAUCAUCAUCCACUUCCUGGUUGCCCUUCUAGUGCAAGCGAGGGACGCUAUCGGCAAAUGUUAUAGGAAAGACAAUGGAUUUAGUUUGGCCAGCUAGUUCCAUAAUAUCGAAUUUAUUAGUGUUAUUCUGAGGAAAGGGUGUAGUACAACAUGUACCACUAAAGAUAAGCCAGUACAUUGUAAAUCCCACAGUAAAUUAAACCCAUUAGAAACAUCAGAAA